AUGUCGGGAUCCCGCAAAGCCAAAUAUCUUGCACCCUGCAAUAGCGAGCUCAAUGCCGCCCAUCACGUCUUUCAAAAACACUUUGAAUCACAUUUUGAGCCUCUGCCACAAGCACAGGAAGAAGGCUUGACCACCCAAAAUCGUGCCAACGCUGCCCAAUCUUCAGAUAGCAGCGAGGAUGAGUGGAGCGGAAUCUCUGGUGACGAGCAAGACACGGUAGAAGUUGUCGAUCACGCCUCCAAGGCCACUCCUCCGACUCAGGCCAUGGGAAAACAAUCCGGCCCUCGACCCUCCAAGACCUCUACCUCGAAACCAAGCCUGCCCUCGCAGUCCCUCCCCGAAGACUCUCGAACACUCCUCGCCCAAGAUCUAGCUCUCCACCGCCUAAUCACCGAAUCUCACCUUCUCAACCCUUCGUCCAAAUUACAUACCAAGCCGUUUUCUCAAGGCCGCAUCCGCAUGCAUGCCACAGAUCUCCGCAUCACCUCCCUUGCACCUACUGGUACCAAGAGUAUUCUUGCACAGGAUAAGAUGCCCAUGACUAUGAGGAAGGGCAUCAAAGCCGCAAAGAAAGGGCGUUAA